CGGACCUGACUUGUUUUUGUUUGAGGUUAUGGUUAUAAGCUGUGUGACUUUUGAUUACUAAUGAAAACAUAGUUAAGUUUGCACUGAUAUUAUUUUUAACUAAUUAAUUGUUUCUUAUUAUGCGUGUUUCGUCAUAUGCAAAGUGUUCUCGAUAGAUAAGGUUAGAUAACAGGACAUAUAAAUUAGUCCAUGACGUGAAUUUUACCAGUAAAUCUAUAAACUUGUAGCCUACUUUACAAAAAUACUAUAGAUUACAUACACAGUAUGUGUGAAUUUUUAAAAUGACUAUGCAGUCAGGACAUUCUUUGUCACCAUCGGUCCGAUUUCGACACAAAGAUCCAAGUCAACAACUUCUUCAAGCAGCGCAAACAGUUGGGUACAAGUCCACCCUGUUGACUGAAUUGUUAUCUAAUUAUCUAAAAUUUCACCAAAAAAGUGUUCAAGUUGAAUCUUUUUCAACUCCAGUACAUGCAACUCAAAGAUUUUCAACCAAUUCACUGAGACCAGCAUCUGUAGUACAGACUUCUUCUCAAGAUUCUUAUUUAGUUAGAUCAUCAAGGCAAAAUGAUAUCCAAGAACGUCAGGAAACAUCACUGCCUUCAGUUUCUUCUACAAAACCCUGUCCAAGAUCACAAAACGAGUCUAAUGUGGCUUCUUUGGGAACUACUUCUAAUAAAGAAAAACCAAAGAGGCCAUCUCUGUCUCAAUCGAAAAAGAAUUCAGGAUCAACAAACGUACCUCUAACUAAGUUUUUUAAACCGAAAAGUAAGCCUUCAGAGUCGCUUGAAAGAAAUCAAAAAAGACCGGACAGUUCAAGAAAUGAAAACCUUAUCGUUAUUAGUGAUGAAGAAGCUGAUAUUGGGCCUUCAGAAUCUGUAACUUUUACAAAUGAGACCAUCAUUGAAGACUCUUCGAGCGAUGACGAGAUUCUUCCAACUCCUGUAUUCCGAGCUCCAGCAAGACCGUCACAAUUCUCCAGGACAUCACUGGAUACCACAAGACCUUCACUGGAUACCACCAGGCCAUCACUGGAUACCACCAGACCUUCCCUGGAUACCACCAGACCAUCACUGGAUACCACCAGACCUUCCCUGGAUACCACCAGACCAUCACUGGAUACCAACAGGCCAUCACUGGAUACCACCAGGCCAUCACUGGAUACCACCAGGCCAUCACUGGAUACCAACAGGCCAUCACUGGAUACCCACCAGGCCAUCACUGGAUACCACCAGGCCAUCACUGGAUACCAACAGGCCAUCACUGGAUACCACCAGGCCAUCACUGGAUACCACCAGACCUUCCCUGGAUACCACCAGACCAUCACUGGAUACCACCAGACCUUCCCUGGAUACCACCAGACCUUCACUGAGUAAUACCAAGCAUUCAUUGAAUAGGACUAAUACAAGGCCACCACUGGAUUGUGAGUCUACAAACAGACCUCCAUUGGAUACUACCAGACAUUCUUUGGAUACUAAUGCCAUUUCGUUGGGCUCAA